GAGAGAGAGAGAGAGUAAGAGAGAAGCGAAAAUCAAAACGGACAAUCAGCUUAGACGCGUUACGCCCGCGGAAAUCGAAUCGAUAUGCGCUACUUAUCUUAGAGCUUACAUCGACAAUCGCGAUAAACGCAAGCUUCGCACAAGCACACGAUCACAUUUGCACAAACAUUUGCCGUAUACACUCGAGAGAAAUUAGGCCAGAUGGGUUGAGAAAACGUAUGCGACACGUACGCAAACAUAUUCACACAUACGCAUACACAUACACAACAUACACACAUACAUACACGCAAGCACACGCCAAACGUGUGUGACCUCCAUCGCACUAACAAAUGCUAACAAUUGUCAGAAUCAGGGAAAGGGGUGCUCCACCCCCACCCCCACCCGCCUCGUCGACAUCCUCCAACGUGCAUUUGAGGAAAAGGGGCACCAAUCCACUAGCGCCGGACGCGGUGGAUUUAACGCAAUUGACCUCGGUCAGCGAGUGGCUGGCUUCCAUCAAGAUGUCACGGUACGCGGAGAGUUUCGAGAGAUCCGGAGUGACUACGUUGGAGGCGGCCGCUCGGGUCACCGUUCAAGAGUUGACGGCGCUUGGGGUGACGUUGGUAGGCCACCAGAAGAAGAUCAUGAACAGCGUGACGGCGCUGAGAGCGCAAAUGUCCGCCACCUCGCAAGGAUUUCUCGUUUAAUCGUUUGGCGCACGGUCGGUGCGCUUCUCACCACACGCAAUUUCACGCAAUUUGACGCAGGAUUCGAUAUCCUAUCGACCAAACGCAUCCGUUCACUCGAAGGGGGUUUCGUCCUCCUCCGGUCGAUCCACCCGCCUAGUCAGGACGAUAGACCUGUUUCUUCGAACAAACAUUCAUCCCUUCCUUCGCAGACGACCAACAGCGAUCGAGACGCUACGCUACAAGAAACUCCGCCAAUCUCGAGGCAUAGCGUUGACACUCGCUGACAUUCCAACGCGAAUUCGCUCGAAUUCGAUCUGUCAGUCGGGCUCCCGUCUCUCUCGACGGAAAUGGAAGACGACGAAUUUCGCGGCUGCGACCGCUCAUCGACCCAAUCAGGUUGAAAGCCACGGUGUCGUGCCACGCGACGAAAACUCGUAACGGGAUCAAUAAGUGAGAAAAGAAAAAGGAGAAAAAGAAAAUAUGCACGACUCCGUGAACGAGUCGGCCAUUAACUUUGUCUUUCUCUUUCUAUACAAUAUCUUUCUCGCGCGUGGAAUCAUCGCCGCAUGAAAGGAAUCGUCUAACUGCCACUAUAAAUCACUGCCGCAUCGAUUGCACACACGUGGAGAAUCACGUGCCGACAAACGCAAUUCUUACAUCUUAAACUCGGAAUUUUUCGGAACCGUGCUUCGGGAAUCGUGAAUUUGAACGCACUGAAUCGUUGCUCACACGCGCUCGUUGCAGAGAGAAAAUGCAAUAGUCCUGCCAAUCGACUUUCCGUUUUAUCGCUCGAAACGAUUUUUUUUUCUUUUUUUUUUUUUUCUUUUUUUCCAGCCACUUCGACGAAGCCGCUGGUUCCCUUGUUUCACAGUGUGCUCCUACCUUACUUGUGUUGCGCAGCGGUUAACUUAACACACACACUCGUUAAACGUUGAAAACAGGUGAUCGUCGAUCGUGCUUCGAACGAUCGAUCGAAAAAUAGAUUCGAACUCGCAUCACCACUUGGUACAGACCACGAACGAAUGGAAAAAGAACGGCCUAAAAAUCAACAACCCCGCGUAUAAAUUGUAUAACCCUCGUUUCUGCCCCGCGAAUAUACGAAAGUUUUUCGAACAACGAUUGAUUCUAGGCAAACUGAAACUGAAGAUUCGAGAGAGAGAGAGGUCUAAGAUGUAAACGUAAGUGUACGCUUUAAGGUGACGAGCAUAGAUCGAGGGAAUGAUCAAGGGCAAGCGUGCGUCUUUAACGCGAGCGUAGUUUUUCGCCGUAAUUUUAUGUCCUGUGCAGCGAAUUUAUAUAUCGUCUAGCCCUUAUUAAUAAUCGCUUAAUCGAUGUACAAGACACGAUACACGCAUAUAACACGUAUACACACACACACACACACACAUACACACGCAUACAUACGUACACAGACGUUGCAACACACGUAGAUAUAUAUAUAUAUAUCUAUACGAAUACGAAAGCCACCCCGUUCCGUUCAGGCGAAACGAUGGAAGGAACGACAGGUAAUACGUGAGACUGAAAGCAAGAUUCGUUCGAAAUAAUUCUAGAAUAUGUUUAAUAUAACGAGACGAUGAGACAGAGGUUGAAGAAAGGAGAGAAAGAUAUGAUUCUUGCCUUCGCGUUACCUAUAUAAAGUAUAUGCGAUAUGUGUACAGGUGUACCUGUCCGAUGAUUAGAGAGAAGAAAAGAGGAACAUGUGCCAAUAAAGAGGAAAAACAAAAAAAAAAAAAAUAAAUAAAUAAAAAUAAACGGAGAGAAAGCGUGCGUGAACGAGGGAAAAUGUUUUGCGUGAGAGAGGAAGAGAAGAAAGAGAGAAAGGGGGCUCGCUAUCGCGCGGCCGUUGAGUUGCAAAGAGAGGAUCCCUAUUUACAUAUACGUAUUGAAAAAAAAAAAGAGAAAAGAAAUAGAUUAUAUUAUAACGCGAGACAAAUUUAUUCGAGAUGAUUGGAAGGCCAACGAACGAAGAACGUGUUCGAACAAGAGUGGAAGAAGGUUAUUAUGCCGAAGAAAUCAUAAAACGUGUCCCUCGGCACCGUGAACAUAUCAAGGCGUAUUGGAGAGAGAGAGAGAGAGAGAGAGAGAGAGAGAGAGAGAGAGAGAGAGAGAGAGAGAGAGAGAGAGAAUGAAUGAUAAUGAAAGGUGAAUAUAUAAGGUGCGUUUACCGGGUAAAAAUCUUUUUCGAGGCAACGACGAGUAAAAGAUUUGGCGUUAAUGGUAAAUAAUUAUCUAGAAAAGUUUUCGCGGCGACACCUUCGACGUGAUAUUGAUUUUCGCGAAAGGAACGAAAGCUGAAUUGAUUUAGCGAUCGUCUCUAUAAUAUACAUAUAGUAGAGUAUUUACUUUUAAAAGUGAGCGAUUCGAAUUGUUUCGCAUCGCAAACGCAACGUCCACAUCCCAGCACGCGUGCACGCGUAUCACGAUAUCACGGUAUUAGCAUUGGUUAAAGAGAGG